AUGGGUCGGAAAUUGGGUCUCUUUCGUGCCAUCUAUCUGGUGUCAGCCAGCUGCAUGGGCUCUUUUGCCUUUGCCUUUGACACCGGUGUCAUCAGCGGCGUUCUCACGCUGCCUUCUUUCCAGCAUGACUUUGGCUAUACUACCGCUCAAAAGACUUCGGUCAAUUCCAAUGCCGUUUCUAUUCUCCAGGCGGGCGCCUUUUUCGGCUGCUUUCUCACCACGCCCAUUGCCUCAUUUUUCGGCCGCCGGCUUGGCCUCAUUCUCAGCUCUCUGGUCUUCACCGUCGGUACCAUCUUACAGGUCGUCAAUUCUCACACCUUGGGCACGUUCUACGCCGGUCGGGUGAUUGCUGGCAUCGGUAUCGGCGCCGCGACCGUGCUGAUCCCGGUGUAUGCCGCCGAGAUGUCUCCAAAAGACCUCCGUGGUCGACUCGGAUCUUGCUUUCAACUCUUCUUCGCUCUUGGAGUCAUGGUCGCCUACUGGGUCACGUACGCUGUAUCCGAAGAUCAACCCUCUGCCACGAAGCAAUGGCAGAUUGCACUGGGCCUCCAACUACUCCCUUCUUCACUCCUGCUUUUCGGAAUGAGCACAGUCAAGGAGAGCGCCCGAUGGCUUGCCUCCAAAGGCAAGACCGAGAAGGCGCGCGAGUCGCUGAAAUGGGUUCGAGGCGGCGAAGAGACCGAAGAGCUGCAGCAAGAAUUCGACGAGAUCAUGGCCGGCAUUGAAGAAGAAGCACGAAUCAAGCAAGGCUUUACAUUUCGUGAACUCCUUCUCCCCGCCAACCGGUAUCGACUCUUCAUUGCCUUUACCAUCCAGCUUGCAGCCCAGCUCACCGGAAACACCUCUCUAGCAUACUACGCCACACAGAUCUUCUCUGCCGUCGGGGCAGGUAACUCCAGCAAGCUGGUGACGGGCUUCUUUGGCGUGGUCAAAGUAGUGGGCGUCUGUAUCUUCCAGAUCUUUGUUAUGGAUCGCAUCGGUCGACGCUGGCCCUUCAUGGUCGGUGCCGCCGCCAUGGGCUCCUUCAUGCUCAUCAUCGCCUGCAUCUUGGCCACGCAUCCGACCGAUUCCAAUGACACGGGCAGCGCCUCCCCGUCAGGGAUCGCCAUGAUCCUCAUGACCUACUUUGAAGCAUUCAGCUUCAAUAUGUCUUGGGGCCCACUGCCCUGGUUAUACGUCGGCGAAAUUUUCUCCAGCCGCACUCGUGAGAUCGGCGUCACCGUUGGCGCGGCCUCACAGUGGUUAUUCAAUUUUAUGAUGUCGCAGGUUACUCCGCAUGCGAUCGAGAAUAUCGGAUGGAGGAUGUUCCUUAUGUUUGCCAUUUUCAACUACGCGAUCGUAGUGUAUUCGUACAUUUUCCUGAAGGAGACCUCCAAAUACUCCCUCGAAGAAAUGCAACACGUUUUCGGCGGCGAUACCAACACCAAUCCUAAAAACGACCCCGAUACCCUCACCACCACUGAAACAAUCGACAAGACCCACGCCAGCGAGAUCGAAGACAACCGAAACGCCACCACCGCCACGCCAAAGGAGGGUUAA